AUGGGCGUGUCCAUGGUACCGGGGGCUCAGUGCACGAGUGGCGGGGGCGCGCAGUGCACGAGCGGCGGGAGCGCGCGGGGGCGCGCAGUGCACGAGCGGCGGAGCAUGGCGGCCACCAUCACCCUGUUCGAUCUGGCGAACCUGAGCAUCGGCUACCCCGAGCCGGGCGUGGUCAACUUCGCGGCGUUGCACGCCCUGCUACACGCCGUGCUGCAACACCUGGGCAUCCAACAGGUGCAAACCGAGCACCUGCCCGAGGUGGGGCUGGUGCAGGCGCCCGGACACGACCCCCUGCUUGCACACGUGCCCGCGCCUGGACACGACCCCCUGCUUGCAGACGUGCCCGCGCCCGGACCCGACUCCCUGGCCAUGUCGGUGCCCGCGCCAGCGCACUACCGCCGGCUGGAGCGCAAGGUGCGGGACGUGGAGCUACAGGUACAGGAGCUGAGCCGCUUGCCCAACGCCGUGGAGCUGCUGCAGCGCAGCCGGCACGAUGGCCGUGCCAUGAACGAUGUGUGGAGCCUCCUGCAGCUCCGCAAGAGCACGGAUCUCAACCGCGAGGGCGUCGACAAGGCCAUGUCUAUGAUGGAAGAGGUGAUGCAAGAGAUGCAUUAUUUAAAGAAGUUCAAAAACACGAUGGAAGAUCAGGUUAAAGAAAUCAACAAGAAUAUAGAUUUGGUGACCAACCAGAUGAUCUCGGUCAAUGAGGUUCUGAAUAAAUCUCGUGAGGAGCUGGAGCAGUUUGUCACGUGGAAGACCCUCCAGAGCACGCUGGUGGACCCUCCUACGGAACGCUUUGGUGUCUGGUCAGUCGGUUCCAGCCAGGUGACAGUGAUAGGUUUACAGGCGGCCGGCCCCACUGAUGAUCCUUCCAAUAAGAUGCAGGCGGUGCAUACAGACACUCUGCCUCAGCAGGUGCUCGCCAGCCCCCAUCGCAUCAGCCCCUCGCCCAUUCCCAUACAGACUGUUGACCGCUACCCUGAGGCUGUGACCGCACUCAAGCGCAUCCGCCACGCCACCAACAACCAGCCAGUACUGGACAGCCGAGUCUCUGCCCUAGAGAAAGCCGUGGCCGACCUGGCUGCUCUGACGCUGGACGGGGACGAGACGCGGGACCCAAGUGAGCACCGAGUGAAGGGGUCAGGGUGCGGGGCGUUAGUCGACCGUGACCUCUGCCCUUUGCUCAGGUCCGCAGGUGCAGUGGACGGGGUGAAGGCCAAUGACGUACAGGCGCAGAUCACCGACCUCAGGGACAUGGUGAAGAACAUCGAUGAAGCAUUGAACGCGCUGCGGAAGUUGCAGCCGGGAGGCCCGGUGCAGCAACAGUUGGACAAGCUGGGUUCUGUUCUGGAGAAGAUCAUGAGCUCGUCAUGUGCGCUGCUGGGGAUGAGUCUGGGGCUGGAGACAGACUCCACCUGCCCCGUCUGCAGUCUGGACGUCAGUCAGGACGCCAGCAACCUCUGCCAGCGCUUCCAGCGGCUGCAGGAGACAGUGUCGGCGCUGACCGACCCCUCUGGGGAGGGGAUCAAGAUGCCGGACGGGACAGUGCGGGCCCAGGUCCAGAGCCACAUCCAGCAGCUGCAGGGCGAGUGCGAGAAGCUGAACGGAACCACGGACCAACUGUUGCAGGAACAUCAGCAGCACCAGCGCAAUAUCCAGUCUCUGUUUGAUUCACUGAACCGCCUGGAGAGCAAGUGUGGUGAGGGGAACAUCAGCCGCCUGCAGUUUGAUGCAGUGACGGACCAGAUAAACAAGAUGAUUCAGGGAUUACUCAACAAGAUCUGUAGCCAGGAGAAGGAUUGGAACUGUGUCCUGGAGCGUCUCACCGCAGAGAUGGAGUGUAAGCUCGACCGGAUUGAACUGGACCCGCUGAAGAAACAGCUGGAGGAUCGGUGGAAGUCGGUCCGUAAACUGCUGCAGAACCAGCGUGGAAGCAUGGACACUGAGGGGGCAGCGGGGCUGCGCAAGCAGCUGAUCAGCCACUUCCACUGCCUGUCAUGUGACCGGCCGCUCGACAUCAAAGUGCCGUGUGCCCCGUGA